CUUUCCACUGUUUUUUUGAAUGGAGGUGGGCGGUCACAUUCGAACAAAAAGUCAACAACCCCAAUUUCUCAACCCGCCCGAAUGAAAUACCCCUUGCCCAGUGUUUCUUUUUCCUUUAUUUUUUCAUAGACCAAAAAAAUAGUAUACAUAACUUUCCUUUCUCGACGAAAAAAAAAAGAAAAAAAGUUUAUCUGCUUUAGACAAUCAGGUAAACCAUUCCACCAUGUCAAACCAACCCAAUUGGACCGAAACAGCGACGCCGUGUUCAGUUCACCCUCACGCUCGCCAUUCAUAUGGAUGACUUCUUCAGAUCCACCUCAUUGAUAGCACAUGCUGAUAUUUCUGUUUUUCUUUUUUUCUUUCAUUUUGGUCACUCUUUUUUUUUAUAGCACAAUAGACAGUGAUACUUAACCACGUAUGGCACAGAAUAUACCUCUACCUCAACCAUCCAAAAGAAGAACUGAAGAUGCUGAGGUUCCGGGCGGUAUUCCCAUCAAAAGCCCAACGAAUACAGAUGCAUCGUGGAAAGCGGUGGGAAGUCCCAGUCGAAGAGGCAGCCUAUCGAUGACCGCGUAUAUGCAUAGUCCUUCCAAUUCGCCGCGACUCAAUGCAUCCGAUUUAAGUGAGCAUCCUGCAACCACUUCAACCAAUGCAUCGGCCGGUCCUCGACGUUCUUCCAUAGUCGAUAAUCAGCAAUGGGGUUCCUUUGGCGGGUUCCAAUGGGAGGGUCCUUCACUUUUCAACGAAGAUAAUCAUAUCAAUGAUCACUGGCAUCCACACCAUACUGACGUCAUGGACGAUCCCAAUUUGCAGUUAUUGAACAACAACAGCAUCCUGUCGGUCCCAAUGUUACCCGGUGUAUCACUCGAACCGAUUUAUCGCCAGCAACGUAGCUUAUCUUUCUCUAUGGGUCAGGAUCCUACUUUUUUCGGAUACGACGAUUAUGAGGAUGGUGAUGAACAGGGCUACAAGACCUCGUUGGCUACAAUGGAAGAGGAGGAAGAAGUGCUGGAAGACGAAUUGGAUCAGUUAUCGGCGGCUCGAUUUAGAGCACGGUCGAAAUCGUCCGGGGCCGCCUUUGGAUUAUUGUCCUCGCAGCAAAGAGCGCAUCUUCAGUCGCUUCGUCGUGGCUCGGAACAACAGGAUGAUAUUUUAUCCCAGCGUCGACGUUCUUCCACCCAAUUUUGGAACGCUGCGAAUGCGCCCAUGUCCAUGGGAGAUAAAGAACGCUUGGAAUUGCUGCAACGUAGAUUAUCGACUGCUUCCUCCGCCACCGACUACACGUUCCCUACCGAUGGCCCUUCAGGCUUCAAUCUACUUCAGCAAAGGCGUCAUUCGUUAAAUCAGGCCACCCCGACCAACAUUCAACAACUUGCCGAGCAACUUGAACAGACCCAUUUGCUGCGUCACGAUUAUUUGAUGGCGUCCAACCCACCUCCUCCACCUACGCCCCAGUUCUACCAGCCGAUGCCCCCUCAAGGGUUCAGUCCAUACCAUCAUCACCUUAUCCAACAGCAACAUCCGCACCAUAUUCACCCUCAUCAGCGUCCCAUGCCCACCAACGACGAUGGGCUCGAUCCGUCCGAUGCACGCGCUUUGAAUGACAUCGGUAAAGGGGUGCCUCUUCAACGGUUGCCUACAGAUACCAUGCUCUACAUGAUCGAAUUCAAAGCGGGUCGCACUGAUUUCUUUUACGCUGCCGACCCUCAACUACAACUUCAAGUGGGUGAUUUAGUGAUUGUGGAAGCCGACCGUGGCAAAGAUCUCGGCAAAAUUGCUCGCAGUCACCUGUCCGUCGAUCAAAUCGCGGAAUUGCAAGCACGUAAACAGCAGCAACAAGCCGAAAAGAAUCCUGAAGAUACUGCGGAAGAUGCCAAAUCUCGUGAGGUUAAUGUGAAGCGCAUUUAUCGACUGGCCAUGCCCGACGAAAUCAAUCUGCUUCUUGUCAAAGAUCAAGAUGAACAUCGCGCCUUGGCUAUUUGCCAGCAAAAGACCAAGCAGAGAAAACUGCCUAUGGAAGUGGUCGAUGCAGAAUAUCAAUGGGAUCGCCGUAAAUUGACUUUUUACUUUGUGGCCGAUCGACGCAUUGAUUUCCGAGAACUGGUUCGUGAAUUGUUCAAAAUGUACAAGACUCGUAUUUGGAUGUGCGCUGUGAAUCCUCCCAGCACAUAAGCAAGAGCUACUCUCCAACAAAAAGGAAGAAUAGGAGACAUACACGUAUGAACACACUAACAAGAGUCAACCACACACUGUGAAAAUUUGCAACAAUAUUCAAUCAUUUCAAUGAUCAAAAAAUAAGCGUGUUCAUUUAGUAACCCAUAGUAUAGUGUCCAAGAAUAAAGACUACAAUUUUUUUUUUUUUUUUUUUUUUU